CACGGCUAUCUAUCAACAACCUUACUUCUAAGAAGCACCUUGCCUCCACAUCCCAACGUUUUACAUAUCAUCCCUCCCUUCCAUCCAUCCUUACAUACUGCAACUACAAAUACAACGUGCCUACAUACGUUUACCACAUACUACUGCAUACUUCCCCCUACAUAUUCUUCCAUUGUACAAACCACAUCUCAUCAACAUGUGCCAUACCGUAAUCGCCCAGCGGAUAUGCAAGGAUUGCCGCCAUAGCCUUGGUGAGACGGUCAUCGACUUCACCCGCUGCGCUCGUAAAUGCUCGAGCCCGUUCUACUGCCUUACCCCUGAGCCUCAGAUGGAGCUAUGUAACCUAUGUUCGGCGACGGCGACACUAUCUACACCGAUACUCGCACAACAUGCUCUCGAGGAUACUACCACUGCUGCUGCAGCGGCAGCGGCUUCAGCUGGUGCAAGGCUCUACGAUCACUCCAUCGCAAAGGCAGCAGCAUAUCCGGGACCUGGAGUAGCCCGUCACACUGCGGCUCAUUAAGACAUUCUCCAUGGACCACCUCGACGGUGGCUUUUGCUACGAUAUCGACAUUUAGGGCGUUUAUUUAUGUAAGAUCUUGAGGGAAAUUGAAACGACGAAACGAAAUUCCACAAAAAUAG